AUGGCCGUCUCAGCGCCGACGCCAGAGCACAGGACCAGUUCGGACAGCACUCUUGACGUGGAAAGAGAUGGGAUAAAUGCAGGCUCCAACAACCCUACAGCAGCUACCGAAGCAACCCCAGAUGAAGCCGCAACCGCGCCGGCCGGCAGCAGCCCGUUACCCGGAGCGCCUGGUGCUGGGGAUCCAGAGGCCGGACGGACCAGGUCGGAGAACAUAUUGAUCAUCAGCGCUCUGUGCCUGGCGCUGUUCCUCGCCGCUUUGGAUACAACCAUCAUCACCACCGCGGUUCCCACCAUCGCUAAUGAGUUCAACUCGAGUCAAGGUUACGUCUGGAUAGGAAGUGCUUACCUGCUGGGCAACGCCUCGUUUGUGCCGACAUGGGGCAAGAUCUCGGACAUUUUUGGCCGCAAGCCCGUCCUCCUUGCUGCGGCGGUCAUCUUCUGGAUCGGUUCUCUGCUGUGCGCCGUGAGUAACAGCAUGGGCAUGCUCAUUGCCGCGCGUGCCAUCCAAGGCAUUGGUGGAGGUGGUCUUAUUGUGCUGCCCAAUAUCGCUAUCAGCGAUCUCUUCUCCAUACGAAACCGAGGCAUGUACUUUGGCAUUCUCGGCAUGGUGUGGGCGUUGGCAUCUGCAGUUGGACCUAUUCUCGGUGGUGUCUUUACUAGCCAGGUCACCUGGCGAUGGUGUUUCUAUAUCAACCUUCCCAUCAGCGCCGUUGCCUUUGUGAUUCUCGUCUUUUUCCUAAAGCUGCACAACCCUCGCACGCCGAUGAAGGAGGGUCUCAUGGCUCUGGACUGGCCCGGCAGCAUUCUCAUCAUUGGCGGCACCGUUAUGUGGUUGCUGGGCCUUGAAUUUGGCGGGGUCUCGUUUCCUUGGAACUCUGCCACGACUAUUUGUCUUCUCGUCUUUGGCAUUCUUGCCAUUGGGCUUUUCCUUUUAUACGAGUGGAAGGUUGCCAAGUUCCCUGUUCUUCCUUUACGGCUCUUCAGCACACGAAACAGCAUUGCCUCUUACGGAGUUGGCUUUACUCACGCAUUCGUCUUCAUGUCUGGUAGUUACUGGCUUCCGCUCUACUACCAGGGUGUUCUGGGUGCCUCUUCGCUGCUUUCUGGAGUCUACCUUCUUCCGUACGUGCUGUCUCUGUCGUUUAUCUCGGCUGGAGUUGGUAUAUAUAUCAAGAAGACAGGACAGUACAAGCUCGCCAUCGUGAUGGGCUUCUUUGUAACUGUUAUCGGGUUCGGCCUGUUCAUCGACCUCGAACCGCGCGCUAACUGGGUCAAGAUCAUCAUAUUUCAGAUCGUCGCUGGAAUUGGUAUCGGUCCCAACUUCCAGGCCCCCCUAAUCGCAAUUCAGACCAACGUCGAGCCGCGAGACAUUGGUUCCGCAACUUCAUGCUUCUCUUUUAUCCGCCAGCUGGGCACUUCCAUCUCCGUCGUGGUAGGUGGUGUCAUUUUCAACAAUGAGAUGGAGAAGCAGUAUCCAAAGCUCGAGGAGGAACUAGGUCCUAGUCUCGCCAGCAGACUCUCUGGAGCCAACGCAGCCGGUAGUGUGGAACUUGUAGGAUCUUUGACAGGAGAAGAUGGCAGGGUAGCCAAGACAGCAUUCUGGCACAGUCUACGAACCAUGUACAUCGUGUACACGUGCUUUGCUGGUCUUUCGCUUGUCAUCAGUCUUAUGAUCAAGCAGGUUAACCUUAGCAAGGAACACAAGGAGCAUAAGACUGGCCUCAAAUCGCUGAAGCGACGCGGCGACGAAAAUAACGAGGCAAAUGAAGGAGAGGGUGUGAUUCCGGGUAACGAAAAGACUACAGACAACUAA